CUUGAUCGAAAAACAGCAAGAGGUUCUCGUGAACAAGAGGAAGUUUCUAAGCUAGGCUCUGCCCUCAAAAUGAUCAACAUGAGCUCUUUGUCUCUUGAUGUUUCUUCUUUUGAGCCGGUGCUUUUGUUUCUUUGUCUGCUGAUUUGCGUGCUCCUCUCUGGAAAAGCAGCUCGGAAGCAUUUCUUUCCCAAGCUUCCUCCUGGUCCCUGGGGUUUACCUGUCGUAGGUAAGAGCUUGCUUAAUUUUUUUAGUGGAACAUUUCUCUCGUGUAUUUCCUAUAUAGUAUUAUUUUCCUCGGCCUCACUGUUUUACGAAUCCAACCAUUUUGUACUUGUUUCAGGCUGACAUUUAUGCAUUUUUGUAUCGGGAAACUCAUAUGAAAAAAAUCAUAUAAGUACGCGUUCCAAGACUGCUCCGUUACUUCUGCAAUCAGUAGAUGAUAAGUUAAGAAAAAAACGCUUCGUUUUUCUCUGAAAAACGGCACAAAGGGUUUUCAGUUGCUUUCAUUGGUUUAUUAACUAUCUUAAUAUUAAUAUCGACUGCAUUUCAGUGGUUCAAAUCUUUGCCGUCUACUUAGAAGUUAAUCUGUUAAAAUGUUCCGAUCAGUUAAGAGAAGGCUAAAUCAUUUUGUAAGAAAUGCCUGUAAACUGAAAUUAGAGCUUUUAAGAAAAUACUGAAUGAGCUGAAUUUAAAAAAACCGACCAAACUAUCAAUUGAAACUAACUUGAUGCGACAGAGGGGCAAUUAAUGACCUAAAGAACUGUUCAGACUAUUUAAAAACGCCGAAAACCAGGCCUAAAUUAAGAAAAUCUAAGAAUAGUAUUGAUCAGUGACAUUUCAAGAAUAUUCUGAGCCUGUGUAGCCCAAGUUGUAUUUAACAACUAAAAAAUUUGACUUAUUACGCAACAGUCUCCUGCAUUAUCUUGGGAUCUGUGGCUGUUUACAAAACAAACCGUCCUUUGACAGCAGUUAUAUGAAUUGCUGCACGUCAGAGUUAGUUUAAUAAAUGACAAGCAGGCAGAACUUUGCAACUUUACUCUUGAAAAGGUGUAAAAUGAGUCUGAUCUAGUGUCCCUUAAAAAUGAAUAAGUUUCCGUUGUUAAAAAAGGUCUGUGACGGUAUCCGUGAAAUAAUGUCAAAACAUUGGACACUCAUUGCGAUAUCCGACAAGAUUUUUUUUUCAGACGUCUCCUAUCUAUCAAUCUGGUCCACCGAAACCCACUUCAAAGGUCCGCUUUUGUCAUUCUCCAAUAUGAUUGUAUUUGAUGCACUUACUUACAGGACUGAUCGAUAGCAAAGUACACGUAGUGUUAAAAGUAAUUUAAUCGAUCCAUUCUCUUGAUUUACUAUGCAGCGCUUGUUUGGGACGGCGCUCUUUCGAGUAUUUAGGCGAGUUUUUUGUACCUAAAGAGUUCGUUACGAAUCACAUAUGGAUCGAUAUGGAAUAAGCAUUCAAGUAUUUUGAACAUCUUAACACAAUCUUUAAUAAUCUGCCUAUUUCUAAAUUCAGGAUUUUGUAAAUCAUUUUCCUAUGUUGGUUAUAUAGUUUUUACAUACUCUAAGCAGCAAAAGGAUUUCAUUCUUUACUCUUUUAAAUAGAAACAACAACUUUAUUUACAUAGAGCCAAUCCAUUAAUUGUCCUCAGAGCUAUACAAUACUAACAUAUUACAUCAAUGUAUAUCACGAUAAACGAAAUUAGUAAAUUGUUCUUUAUUAUGAGCUUCAUGCGGACCGGAUUCCUUAUUUAUGCUUCCUUUUAAAGGAGCUGUGUCACAAAAUUCAGCCAAGUUAGGAAAUUACAAAAUGCCCAUUAGAUUAAGAGAAACAUAAAAAUAACCGCUCAAAACUUUAAAGAAAGGUUAAAAUAACAUAACAGAAACAACAGAUGCCACGGAUGGGCAAAACGGAAGAAGAUUGAAACCGAUUGAAAACUAGGAUUUUUGAAAACUGUUCAGCCUAACAGUUUUUCAAAGUUGAUCCCUGCUGCUUGCAACUUCAAACAUAAUGCUCAGGAGACAUAUUUGUUUGUCUCGGAUCUCUGAUUUUGUCAUUUACAUGUGAUUUCUUCGCUUACUUUAAGUUCCAUAGCGAAUGAACUGGACUGCCAUGACACAGUCCCUUUAAUUGUGCUGAAAAUAUGCACUGUACUGAGUAGCACAAAUGAGCUGACUAGCCCCAAAUGCGUUAAAAAUAUUCCAUUUGUGUUGUACUGGUUAGACUCAACUGCGAAAAAAUAUCCAGGUUACGUCACGUCAUAUUUAGCUUAGUUCAAUUCGGCCCCCAGUUUAUCUUUUUGAUAACGUGUCUUGAUAAAAAGUAAAAUAUAUCGUGAUAGCAUUCCAGAAUACCUGAACUUGAAAAAUAGUUUUAGAACUUGAUGGCAAAUAUUCGGUAGAAAAUUGGCGAAAUAAUAUAAUAGAGCAUCAUUUUCCAGGGUCCUUUCGUCCACUAAAAAAUAUUUCUGUUUCAAUGGAUAUUUGGCAAUUAUUGUACACGGCUAUCCCUGAUAUGAAGAAUUAUCGCAUCUGUUAUCAGUACAAUUGACGUCAAGUGUAUUUAUAUGGGCAAACAUCGUCCAAACCUGGUCAACGCGACUGAGCUGGCUAUGAAGAAUUAGCAAUAGGAUUAAAACCAAUCAGAAACGGAUAAAUGUUCUUGAAAAGAAACAAAUAAUUUAAUAAAAAUAAAUAAAUAAAUAAAUAGACAAAAACUACUGCUGUAUGAAAAUCGUUUAGCUUUCUGGAAAAAAGGAAGAAGGAGAAGAGGGUGUCUAUGUAUUUUAAUAAACUAGGAGGCCGUUAAGAGAAAAAAAUUGUCGGGUCCAGAGCAAAAUCUUCGUAACAGAAAAUAUAGAACAGUCUAUUAAACAGAUCAGAGAUUCCAAAUCUCUUUAUCUUUAGCACGUCAGCUACUUUUAAAGCUUUUCAAUUCACCUAUAAGCCAAACAAAAAAAAAAGCUUUCCGCCGGUUGUUCCAGAAAAAUAAUCGUCGAGGGUUUAAAAAAAAUACAGAUCAUCCCCAGAAAUCUUAACCUUAAUUCACUUCCAGGAGUGGCCAAUACCAAAAUGGACAAAAUUCCAAAUUUUAUACUACUACAUGAAAAAUUUUUGCAAUUUGUUCUGCCUAGAGUACUGGUUUUUCAGCUUAAUUUGAAAUAUCUACAAGUGAAAAUUACAAACCUUUUGCAGGUAGUAGUGUAAACAAAUAAUAGCAUGAUACGUGAUAUUUGGCAUAAAUACUACUCGUGCUAUUUCAAAAUUUUCUCAAAUUUCACUCGCCUAACGGCUCUUAAAAUUACGUAUAACAAUUUCGAAAUAUCACUCGUGGUAUUUAUGCCAACUAUCACAACAAAUCAUGCUAUUACCUAUACUAACGAGAUGAACACUAAAAACUAAGUAGACAAUGUCAAAGUAAUACCAAAGAGGCGUCAUUUAAAUGGUCACAUGAUCGGAUUUAUUACAGACUCGAGAGUUAGAAAGAAGGACUUGAUCAUUAGGGACCUGAAGCAAGGACGACGACGACGGCAGUGAAAACGUUGGUAAAAAAAUGAAUUUGCGUUCUUUCAAACUUAAUCGUGUCUAUUUGGACCCGCUUAAUAUAUCAAAUGCAGGCGACUUUUCCGGGAGUUAUAUUCUUAAGGAUUUCAUUCAGGUUCAAAAAGAUGAAGGGAAAUUCGUCGUCGUAUGUCCACGUCCUCUAUAAAACGUCAAAUUAGGAGGUUUCACUUCGUAAUCGUGCAGUGGACGUCAAAGAAAUGUACUAAAAAGCGUGAUGCACGCGCAGAGCUGUUGUUUUGAUCAUUAAACUUAUUGCUUUUUUGAAGUCGUCGUUGUGGUCGUCUUCGUAGUUGCUUCAGCUCCCUAUUUACUCUGGGAGAGGGGCUUUCAGCAACGACGUUUUUGAGCGACGUACGUCAACCGGAAGUGAGCCUUUUUCUCUUAUAAUAUGCCUUAACGGUACUAAAUUUUUACUGAUAACUGUGUUUACUCUUAUAGAGACGAUCUGCCCGAAAAUGUGCUCAAAAUCACGGCUCAAGAGUGCAAAAAGUCCACUUCCCGUCAACGUGCGUCGUUCAAAAACGUCGCUGCUUAAACUCCCUGGUGCACCAGUACUAGUGACUGGGAACCAGCAUAAAAUGGUAUUACCGUACUGGGCCACUGUUCCACUGCAUGCAGUCAGAAUUUGA